AUGCCAAAAAAUAUGCUUGAUUUCAACUGGGAAGUGGGAACAUAUUUCGUGGAUAAAGAAGACAUCCUUGAUGCCAUCAAAAGUUAUGUAGUAGAGAAUGGGAAAAAUUUGAAACUUGUUAAAAAUGAUAAAAAAAGAAUAAGGGUUAAAUGUUUGGGAUCAAAAGGAGAAUGUCCAUGGGUUGCAUAUUUUGGUUUCAUGGAUGCAGUAAAGUCAUGGCAACUGAGGACUGUGGUUGACAGACAUACAUGCAGUAGGGAACACAAGUUACGGUUAUUCAAUGCAAAAUGGCUUAGUAGAAAAUUGGAAAAAACAAUCAGAGAGAAUCAUAAUGUAAAGGGAGUUGAUAUUAGAGAUAAAAUUACUAGGAAAUGGAACAUAGCAAUAUCUAAGAAUAUGGCUUACAGGGCCAAAGCCUAUGCAUCAAACGAAGUGGCAGGAUCCUUUAGUAAGCAAUAUAGUACAAUUUAUGAUUAUGCUCAUGAAUUAUUAGUAAGAAACCCUGGGUCCACAAUCAAGGUGAAAGUUGAGCCAUAUGAUGGGAAACCAAUAUUCAAGAGAUUUUACGCAUGCCUAAAGGCAUGCAAAGAUAGCUUUGUCUCAUGCAGGCCAAUCAGUGGCCUUGAUGGAGCCUUUUUGAAAGGCAGACAUCAUGGUGAGCUAUUAACUGUUGUGGCUCGAGAUGCAAACGACCAAAUGUUGCCACUGGCGUAUGCAAUCGUAGAAGUUGAGAACAAGGAGACUUGGACAUGGUUUAUGGAGCUACUGAUUGAAGACCUAGGUGGACCUGAGGUGUGUUCUUCACUUACAAUCAUAUCAUAUCAACAGAAGGGUUUGUUACAAGUUGUACAAGAUGUUAUUCCUGGAGUUGCACAAAGAUUUUGUGUAAGGCAUUUAUAUGCCAACUUUAGGAAGAAAUUCCAUGGAAAGAAUCUGAAAAAGCUUAUGUGGAGGGCAGCUAUAGCAACCCACCCACAAAAAUGGGAGAACGAGAUGAGAAGUAUCAAAGAGGUGAACCAAGAUGUUUUACAACACUUGAUAUCUAUUCCUCCAAGAUCAAGGUUCACAAGCACAACUCAAUGUGAUACUUUGGUAAACAACAUGUCAGAAGCCUUUAAUAGUGUUCUGGUAAAUACGAGGACAAAACCAAUUAUUACAAUGUUGGAGGAAAUCAGACUAUACAUGAUGAAGAGAUGGGCCACUAAUAGGUCAAGGGUAACUUCAUUUAAGUCAUCAAUUUGUCCAAAAAUACUGAGUAGACUACAAAAGGAGGCACUACUAACAAAGAAUUGGAUUCCCAGGCUACUUGAAGUCAGACAUGUGUCCCAAAGUGGGGACAAGUUUGUGGUGGAUAUAGAUCAAUAUUCAUGCUCUGCAGGAAAUGGAGCAUCAGUGGAAUACCUUGUGUACAUGCAUUGGCAGCAAUGA